GGUGUACAGACAUUGAGUACAACUCUAGCACUCAGUGAACAGACCUUUAAAUCAUAGAUUGGUUUGAAUUGAAUUCAUUUGAUUUGGUUGGGAAUGCAAUGACUGUUUGAAUCGUUGUUAUAAGCAAUCGAUUGCUUUGCACACAACUCUCAUAAGUGUGUUCACACUUGCAUUGAAUCAGUGGUGCAGUCAUAGCAAGUGUUGUCGCCAUUUGUCUAACCCUUGAAUAACACGUAAAUGACAUCAAAAUGGCCUCAACUCUGAUGACUGAAGUUAAUGGCAGCAAAAGGACCCGAACUAUACAGGAGAUGAACACAUCCGUGGCCGCAGCCUUUCAAAGUACAGUCCAUUGCUUACCAUUGAUUGCUUGCAGACGAGUGGAAAGGGAGGCACACCUCCCGUCCCUCCACUGCACUCUGCCAUUAGACCUAUUGCUUGAUGUGAUGGAUGUGUUGACAGGUUUGGCUGAGUUAUCUCAUCGCGAAUACCAGGCGGGAGACUACGAGUCGGCCGAAAGGCAUUGUAUGCAACUGUGGCGUCAGGACCCCACCAACACCGGGGUCCUCCUCCUCCUCAGUUCCAUUCACUUCCAGUGCCGACGCCUUAAGGAGUCCGCACACUUCAGUUCACUCGCCAUAAAGCAGAACUCGCUGUUAGCUGAAGCCUACAGUAAUUUGGGAAACGUUUACAAAGAGAAGAGUCAACUGCAGGAAGCGCUGGACAACUACAGACACGCCGUGCGCCUAAAGCCCGACUUCAUCGACGGCUACAUAAAUCUGGCGGCGGCUCUGGUGGCUGCGGGCGAUAUGGAGCAGGCGGUCCAGGCGUACGUCUCGGCCCUCCAAUACAAUCCCGUAAUUAUUCGCCACUGGUUGGACUUAUAUUGCGUGAGAAGUGAUUUGGGAAACCUUCUGAAAGCCCUGUCCCGUCUCGAUGAGGCAAAGGUAACACUACUAAUCCUGUUGUCAAACGGCGCGCGAAUAAUACAUGCCACAGCCAUAAGGGUCUGCGCCGUUGCUCAGCGUAUGCUUGCGAUGCCAGCCUUGCGUUGCAUUGCGUUGCCAUUGGCUGCCAAUCAAGUGGUUGGCGCGCGAUAUCUGCGGCCAGCGUUGCAGACGUGUCCCACGUUUGCCGUGGCCUGGAGUAACCUGGGAUGUGUGUUCAAUGCUCAGGGUGAGAUAUGGCUCGCUAUACACCACUUCGAGAAGGCGGUGGCAUUAGAUCCCAAUUUCUUGGACGCGUACAUCAAUUUGGGAAAUGUCUUAAAAGAGGCCCGAAUUUUCGACAGAGCAGUGGCUGCUUAUCUACGGGCUCUCAACUUGAGUUCAAACAACGCUGUGAAGGAGGCCGAGGAUUGCUAUAAUACGGCGCUCAGACUCUGUCCCACUCACGCGGAUUCGCUCAAUAACUUGGCGAAUAUCAAACGAGAACAGGGUUAUAUCGAAGAGGCGACGCGUCUAUACCUGAAGGCAUUGGACGUAUUCCCUGAGUUCGCGGCCGCGCACUCGAACCUGGCGUCGGUUCUCCAACAACAGGGAAAACUGAAUGAAGCACUUCUGCACUAUAAGGAAGCCAUUAGGAUAUCGUCUACUUUUGCCGACGCCUACUCUAAUAUGGGUAAUACACUCAAAGAGAUGGGUGACAUUCCCGGUGCCCUUCAGUGCUACACUCGGGCCAUACAAAUAAACCCGGCCUUUGCUGACGCCCACUCCAACUUAGCGAGUAUUCAUAAGGAUUCCGGAAAUAUUCCCGAAGCUAUCACUUCCUAUCGGACCGCAUUGAAGUUAAAGACGCUGACCUUACUGAUGCUCUGCCGUAUGAAGAAGUUGGUGAUCACUGUCACCGAACAACUCGAAAAGAAUCGCUUGCCUUCAGUACAUCCGCACCACUCCAUGUUAUACCCCUUGUCUCACGAGACGCGCAAAGCUAUUGCCGCCAGACAUGCGGCCCUAUGUCUUGAGAAAGUACAGGUCCUCCAUAAGCCUCCCUAUGCUUUCAAGAAAUCGUUGGGCGGACGCCUAAGAAUCGGUUAUUUGAGUUCUGACUUUGGAAACCAUCCGACGUCUCAUUUAAUGCAAAGCGUCCCCGGAAUGCAUAACAGAGACAAAGUGGAGGUCUUUUGUUACGCCCUGUCAGCCGACGACGGAACCACUUUCAGGACUAAAGUGAGCUCAGAGUCGGAGAACUUUGUGGACCUGUCGUCCGUCGCCUGCAAUGGCAAAGCGGCCGAU